AUGACAGUCCCGGACCAGACAGUGGAAGAAGCGGAAUCGGGGAUUGAACCCCACGCGCAGAGCCUGGUGGGAGUGAAGGAUCUGUUAGUGGCGGAGUCGUGGAAGGAAGCGCAGAAGGUGCUCCGGAAGAGCUCGUCGUUGCUGAAACAGGACAUGUACACAAUUAUACAAGCGAAGCCGGCGGAGAAGAGGGGGCGGCUGAGGAAACUCUACUCGGAUUUGUUCAAUGGGGUGAUGAAGCUGGAUUAUGCGGCCAGAGAUGAGGAUAGGAUUAGAGCGUGGGAGUGUUAUGAUAGGGUUAUCUCAUCCCUCCGUCACAUUUUGGCUACACUCUAA